CUUAUAAUUAUAGUUGCCAAACAAGAAAUUUACAAAGACGACAAACCAAAGAUGGUUCUCGAUAACACGUCUUCAAUAAUUCAACAAAAUUACGACCGUAAAUCUGAACUAACAGCAUUCGAUGAAACCAAAACCGGUGUCAAAGGACUUGUUGAUGCCGGGGUCACGCAAGUCCCACGUAUAUUUCUCAUUCCUGCUUCAAAUGAAAACAUCAAGUCGUCUGACCACCAACCGUUACUACUUCCAAAACCAACUCUUCCAACCAUCGACUUGGAAGGAAUCGAUGAAGACCCGAAUAGGCGGAAGGAGGUGAUCGAGAAAGUGAAGGAUGCACUAGAGAGCUGGGGAUUCUUUCAGAUUGUGAAUCAUGGAAUCUCUGAUAGUAUGCUUGAAGAUGUGAAGAAAGGGGUGAUCGGGUUUCAUGAACAAGAUAGCGAGGCGAAGAAAAAGUGGUACACAAGGGAUACCAAUGGGAGGGUGGUUUACAACAGCAAUUUUGACUUGUAUGCUGCACCAGUUACUAGCUGGAGAGACACUUUCUUCUGCUCGAUGGCUCCUAAUCCUCCUCAACCUGAAGAGUUGCCACCACCUUGCAGAGAAAUAUGGCCAGAGUACUCGAGUUAUGUGUUAAAACUUGGAGGUUGUCUGUUCGAGUUGAUAUCGGAGGCUCUUGGACUCCAUCCUAACCACCUUAUGGAAAUCGGGUGCGCUGAAGGGCUUGCUGUCCUUGGCCAUUACUAUCCUGCUUGCCCACAACCUGAGUUAGCAAUAGGCACCCCCAACCAUGCCGACAAUAGUUUUAUCACGGUUCUUUUGCAAGACCAUGUCGGAGGCCUCCAAGUGUUUUAUCAGAAGCAGUGGACAGAUGUUCCUCACAUCCCCGGAGCUCUAAUAGUAAAUGCAGGCGAUCUACUACAGCUGAUUACAAAUGACAAGUUUGUAAGUGCACAGCACAGAGUGUUGGCAAACAAGAUUGGCCCAAGAGUAUCAGUGGCUUCGUUCUUUUCAACGAGCACGAUUCCAACCUUGAAAGUGUUUGAGCCAAUUAUGGAGUUGCUUUCUGAAGAGAACCCGGCCAAGUAUAGGGGCACAUCAGUGAAAGAAUAUGUAGAUUACUACAGGGGAAAGGGCCUUGAUGGCACUUCUGCCCUUUUACAUUUCAGGAUCUAGCUCUUGCUCAUACUUUACGCUGAAUAUCAUGGCUGCAAGAUGAAGCUUAUAUACUCUUAUGGUUGUUAUAUUCUACUGUUUCUACAUUUAUCAGGGCAUCAUAUACACAAACAAUUGCCUUUCAAAGAAAACAACAUAUGAUGCACGCCUAAUUUUCAAUAUAUGUUUAUCAUGUGUAUUUACUUACUAGCUGAACUAUACAUUUCAUCGGUUCAUCA